CGUCUCCUCAACAAACGAGGGACGGAAAAAAGGGGGAAAACAAAUCCUUCUCAAACACGACCCCCCAUCUCUCUCUCUCAGGUACGUUUCGGACAUAGCGUUUGUUUUCUUUGUUUCUGCGCUGCAAAACCCUAAAAGAGAGUUCUAUACUGUUGCCUGCUAAGUGUUAAGGAAAAGCUAGUUUCUGCUGAAUCCAUUCAUCACGUUAUUAGCUUCUCGGUUGAUCGUUGCCUUUUGCAUCUGUUGCAUCAGUGGAACCUUUCGUUCUGUGUUUUUAGGGUUCACAGAGGAAUUCACUGCUUCAGCAAUGGUAGGGAAGUCGCAGUUUCGUUGAGAAAGAUAAUGGUCGGAUUGGGAGAGGUGGUAUUUCCCAAUUGCAUGGGCGAAGAAUGCCUGAGCUGCGUAAAGGGGUACGUCGCCGUCGUGUUCCGACCGUAGAUCAGCGAGGGAAGUCAAGAGGUCGAGCUGUGAAGGAACUUGAGCCCUUGGUCCGGAGUUGCAUCAGAACCAGAGCGGCGGUUGCGAAGGAAGCAGCGGAAGCUGCUGCUGCUGCUGCGGCUGUUGCUGAUAAGACUCGGACGGUGAAGCAGAGGACGAGACUGGCGGCGGGGAACCGGGCGAAGGCGGCGGUAAUUGUUAUUUCGGAGAAGGAGAGUGAGUCGGGUGGGGAGCGGUUUAGGGAGGUUUUGGAGGAGGGGGAAAGAGGUGAUUGGAUUGAGAAGCGAGUUGAGGAGGUUCGGGUGGAGAGUCGAAGAAAGGGAGCGAUGGAUGAUGAGAGUGGUGGGUUGAGUGCCAACAAGGCUGGUGGGCAGGAAGAAGAAGGGAGCACUGCUCCUUUUCCUGAGAGGGUUCAAGUAGGAGGAUCACCGGUCUACAAGAUUGAAAGGCGGUUAGGUAAAGGUGGUUUUGGUCAGGUAUUUGUUGGUCGCCGUGUAUCAGGAGGGAAUGAAAGGGCAACAGGUUCUGGGGCUAUGGAGGUUGCUCUAAAGUUUGAGCAUAGAAGCAGUAAAGGCUGUAACUAUGGUCCUCCUUAUGAGUGGCAAGUUUACAACGCUCUUGGUGGUAGUCAUGGAGUCCCUAGAGUACACUAUAAAGGGAGGCAAGGUGAUUAUUAUGUAAUGGUUAUGGAUAUGUUGGGGCCUAGUUUAUGGGAUGCAUGGAAUUCUUCAGGGCAAGCGAUGUCCACAGAAAUGGUAGCCUGCAUUGCAGUUGAGUCUAUAUCAAUCCUAGAAAAGAUGCACUCUAGAGGUUAUGUUCACGGUGAUGUGAAGCCUGAAAACUUCUUACUUGGAAAGCCGGAUACGCCACAGGAAAAAAGGUUGUUCCUUGUUGAUCUUGGAUUAGCAAAAAACACUGAAAAGCCACCUGCAACAAGAUGGAGAGAUGAUGCUACUGGUCGACAUGUUGAAUAUGACCAACGCCCAGAUAUGUUCAGAGGAACUGUUCGUUAUGCUAGUGUUCAUGCUCACUUGGGAAGAACUGCGAGUAGGAGAGAUGAUUUAGAAUCUCUUGCAUAUACUCUCCUCUUUCUUCACCGUGGCAGGCUACCAUGGCAGGGUUAUCAGGGUGAUAACAAAUCCUUCCUAGUUUGCAAGAAAAAGAUGGCGACAUCUCCUGAAAUGCUUUGUUGCUUCUGCCCUCCACCUUUUAAACAAUUUUUGGAAAUUGUUGUGAACAUGAAAUUUGAUGAAGAGCCCAAUUAUUCCAUGCUAGUAUCUUUGUUUGAGGGAUUGAUUGGACCAAACCCAGCCAUAAGGCCAAUUAACACUGAUGGUGCUCAGAAGAUUAUCUGUCAAGUUGGUCAGAAACGGGGUAGGUUGACCAUUGAAGAAGAAGAUGAUGGACAACCAAAGAAGAAGGUCCGUUUGGGAGUACCUGCUACUCAGUGGAUAUCAGUUUACAACGCUAGGAUGCCAAUGAAACAGAGGUACCAUUAUAAUGUAUCUGAUACACGAUUGCGCCAACAUGUGGAUAGAGGAAAUGAGGAUGGUCUGCUUAUAAGUUGUGUGGCAUCUUGCUCCAAUCUUUGGGCACUCAUAAUGGAUGCUGGAACUGGUUACACCAGUCAAGUUUAUGAGCUGUCCCCAUACUUCUUGCACAAGGAAUGGAUUAUGGAGCAAUGGGAGAAGAACUAUUACAUCAGUUCCAUUGCUGGUUCUACAAACGGAAGCUCUCUGGUGGUGAUGUCCAAGGGCACCCAAUACACACAACAAUCUUACAAAGUCAGUGAUUCCUUUCCCUUUAAGUGGAUAAACAAGAAAUGGAGAGAGGGAUUUCAUGUGACUUCAAUGGCAACUGCUGGCAGCCGAUGGGGUGUUGUGAUGUCUCGCAAUGCUGGCUUUAAUGAUCAGGUUGUUGAGCUUGAUUUUCUCUAUCCAAGUGAGGGCAUUCAUAGACGUUGGGAUAAUGGUUACCGAAUAACAUGUGCAGCUGCUACAUGGGACCAAGCUGCUCUUAUCUUGAGUGUGCCCAAACGCAAACCUAGUGAUGAAACUCAGGAAACCUUAAGGACAUCUCAGUUCCCAAGUACGCAUGUCAAGGAAAAAUGGUCAAAGAAUCUCUACCUCGCGUGUGUUUGCUAUGGACGCACUGUAUCUUGAUUCUUGAAAUAGGAGCUUGCCGUCAACUUGCACAGUAGAUCUAAAGCUUGUACUUUUAAAGAUGUAUAUUUGCUCAGAAGUAACUAGUAAGGUUGUCAUUUUCUUUUCUACUGUUCAUUGUAUAUCUCUUUGAUUAGGGAACGAGAAGCUUUACUGCUGGUGCAGAAGAUUUUUCUCCAAUAUAUAAUUUAAUUUUAUGAGAAAGGUUCUCAUA